AUGUCCCGAGCUCAGGCUGAGAGUGUGAUUAAGAAUAUAAUCCGGGAAAUAACAGAGCGGUGCUGCAGGCGGGGCCCAGCUGUGUCUGAGACCCUCACUGCCUUCAUGGUAAAAGCUGUCAUUUUAGACCCCAGGAACCUCUUUAACGUUGACCGGACACUGACUAAGCAGGAUGUGGAAAAACUAAUCGAGCUGUGUGUAAACAGAUUGAUGGAGCAGAAGAGUCCUGCUUUGGACACCAUUAAAAUGCAGGUUCACUUCAAUAUGAGUUAUACGUCUCGACGUGAGUUUGUGGAGGAGCACCAGAAGGUGGCGCAGAUGCGUCUCCUGCCCACAUGCCGUGAAAUCACGGACAGCAGGGCCAAGAGCCGAGAUGAGCUGGACGCUCUUUACUACAGGAUGGUUACCUAUGUGAUUUUACGCUCCGGCCUCGGCUCAGACUCCGACGUUACCAACGUACAAGAAGCCACAGCCGCACUGCAGAGUGUGUUCCCUCCAUCAGAGCUGGCCGCCUUCAUGUCUCUGCUCAGGCGUGAUAAAGAACAGCAGCUGAACGAGCUCACCAUGAUCGUCACCGGGAUUCGCCUUUUCAACAAGGACAGUGGGAAAGGAGGAGAGAGCAUCGAGGACCUGCUGGCCGUCCUGAACGAGGCUCUUCCUGCUGCCAGCACAGAUAUAGAGCGUGAACUGGAAGGGACGCAACGUUUGGCUUGGCGCUACACCACUCUGCUGGAGAGACGCUCUGAAUCCGACACUGACGCCGAGCUAAACAGGGACCUGCUCACGCAGGCCCUGUACAACGUACGCCAACACGAAGCCUUCCUCAAAAUCAUACUGGCAGAUGUGAUCACAUGUGCAAAGCAAGUGGAGGCUCUUCACACUGACCUCAUGUCGAGGAUGAAGGUGCUGAAGGCCACAGUUCAUGCCAAAACUGCCGUACCAACCUCCCAAGUGUUCCCUCAUUUCACAGCAUUGGCCAGGCUGUGGGCGGGGCUUCAGGAUGAGAUGGUCUUGUUGAACAUGCUCCGGAGCAUGGCGCUCAGCCUGAGGCCGUUCCUCUCGGCUCAGUCGAAACUUCUCGAGAACGUUCAGUUGGAUCAGAUGCUCCGUGGUGAAACCGUCAAAUCUGAUGCAGAGAGAGCUGCUGAGAGCUCAGAGGAGCGGCUUGAUCCAGAGGAGAUGAAAUCGUCCGAGUGGAUUCUGCCCGAGACCACGGCGAACUUUGAGCAGCUCUUCCUGCAGUACAGGGGUGUGUGUGGAUACACUCUUGUCGAGAAGAACGGCCUCUUGCUCCCAGGUCUGCUGCUGUUCCUUUCCAAAGGCAAUCCGAACAUCGGCAUCCUGAAGCACAGGGAGAAAUAUUACAGCUUCAGCUCCAAGCAGGCUGCGUAUCAGUUCGCCUCAAACGCAGACGAGUACAUCGAACUGAUCGCGGAAAGAGCGAAGAGAUCUCCGGAGCUGAUCCAGCUGCUCGAGCUUCAUCAGCAGUUUGCCAGCGUCACUCCGUACUCUCAGAUGCAGUCAGGUGAGAAAUUGUUGGUGAAACCCAUCACCAAAAGUGAGAGCAGCACACAGACGGACACACACCUGCUGGAGAGCAACAUCGUCAGAUCUUACGAGUGGAACGAGUGGGAGCUGAGACGGAAAGCCAUCAAACUGGCGAACCUGCGCCAUAAGGUAACCCACUCGACGCAGACUGACCUGAGCCACAUGAGGAGACACAACACCACGCAGACAUUCCUUCCAAAAGAAGCCGCCUGCCAGACGAAGAGAGACGGACAGAGUAACGUACCGAGACCUCAGGUCUACCUGGCUGGGCUGAGAGGAGGACCAACUCCCAUGACCAAACUCGAUUUAACUCCAGAUGUGCAUGAAUAG